AUGCCGAAGUUCGUAAAGUUCUUGAAGGGUAUUCUAUCCAACAGGAGGCAGAAGGGCGACUUCAAAACCGUAGCAUUAACAGAUAAUUGCAGCGCUCUCCUCAUGGAAAUUUCUUCACCAAAGCUUCAGGAUCUAGGAAGUUUCUCUAUACCGUGCAAGAUUGGUUCUGAACUCAUACCAAGAGCUUUCUGUGACUUAGGGGCCAGCGUUAGCCUACUUCCGUACUCUUUAUGCAAGAAGUUGGGCCUCCAGAACAUUAAACUGACCACUAUGGCACUGCAACUAGUUGACCAUUCAUACAGACACCCAAUGGGAAUAGUGGAAGACAUGCUAGUAGAAGUGGGUGGAUGUAUAGUUCCCACAGACUUCAUUAUCUUGGAUUUUGAGGAAGACCCCAAGAUACCUAUUAUCCUUGGAAGAUCAUUCCUUGCCACAGCUGGAGCCAUCAUUGAUGUAAAACGUCACAGAUUAUCCUUGGAGAUCAGCAAAGAAAAGAUCGAGUUUGAUUUAUCUAAUUCCUCCAUUUGCAACCCCUCUCCUCAGGGCAAUUCUAGCAAGAUCAACAUACACAAAGUCGAGAAGUGCAGUUUCCAUGGGAGUUCCCCUCCAGCAAGCAACAAGAAAUACAUUUGUCCUGCAUGA